GCCAUUCAGUGGUUUUGACUCACUAGAAAACGCCCUUAUGAAGCACGACAUAGUGUUGAAGGAAGCAGCCGCAACACCUAAGUAUAGUCUUCUUGACACAGGCAAGGAGUUAGCAUUAAAAUGCAGUAAUUUUGAUUAUGCUAUGCAAGCCUUGUUACGACAGGCUGAAGUUCCAACUGUUCCUGUGCCGGCUGUGAGACCCGCAGUGUUUGACAACAGGCAAGUGUGUCUACUAGUCGACACAGAAGAACCUCAGAAGGACAGAUUUGUCAAAGUCGCAAGAGAGAGAGGCCUGUCAGCCAGAGUCCGAAAACUUCCCAGCGGUGACUUCUGCUGGAUACUGCUGCCUCCAGAUGCUGAGGAGAGAGAUGUCCCUGAACAAGAUUUGGUUCUACCAUACCUUGUGGAGAGGAAAACUUGGGAUGAUCUGUGGUCAAGUGUCAGGUCUCCUAGAUUUGAGAAUCAAGUACAAAGAAUGAAGGCAUGUGGUAUACAGAACUUGUUUUAUCUGGUGGAAGGCUCACCUAAAGACAUUAGUGGCAGGCCAGGACCUGAAGUGGAAACAUUUCUACAGGGUAAGCUAGACAGGUUGUUGUUGGAGGAUAAAUUCUUCGUCAAUCGUACUCCUUCCUGGCUGAAGACAGUAGAGUGGCUUUGUCACCUCACCAACCUUGCAAUAGCUUGUCAACAAGCAAGGGGCAGAAAACAAUGGAUGACAUUUGCCGAAUUUUCCAGAAAGGCAAACAGUGUGCCUGCAGCACCCAUUGCCAGGAAUGCAAAACCAGUUUCUGGAAUUGUUUGGCCUGCAAGUGCUUUUGCCAAUAACAUCAAAAGUCAUCACAAGCGACAGAGGGAUUUAGGCAGCAAUCUAGACCAUGUUCCACAGUUAUCUGAUUCAAUUCUGAUCAUCCAAGGCUUGACAGCUUAUAACACUACUUGUAAUAGUCAUUUAAAGAAAGCCCUGGCUGAUUACCUCCAGCUACCAGGACAAACUGCUGAAG